AUUUUCUCUCUCUACCUCUCACUUCUCAUAAAAACCAUCACUGUCUAUGCAUAUAUAUAUUUAAAACCCCUCCUCUGAUUAGCCCCUCAUUGAUUCUACCUACAACAACAUUUCCUUCAUUCACUCACCAUGCUCUCUCAUUCACAUCAUUAACUGUCUCAGCAAAACAGAGUAGUAGUAGUAGAAAAACAGUUUUACAGAGUCAAAAAACAGAGUAUAACAAAAAAAAAAAAAAAAAACAGAGCUUUUCAUUUUCUUUUCUUCUACAUGGGUUCUAGUCAAGAAAAAGAAGAAAGUCAACCAAAUUGCUUGUGGGUUCAAGGGCCUAUCAUAGUAGGUGCAGGACCAUCUGGUCUUGCAGUCUCAGCUUGUCUCAAAGACAAUGGUGUGCCCUCUGUGAUUCUUGAGAGGAGUGACUGCAUAGCUUCAUUAUGGCAACAGAGAACCUAUGAUCGCCUCAAACUCCAUCUCCCCAAACAGUUCUGUGAACUCCCACUGCUUUGUUUCCCAGAAAAUUUCCCACAGUACCCAACCAAACAACAAUUCAUAUCAUACAUGGAGUCAUAUGCUGCACAUUUCUCUAUUGACCCAAUCUUCAAACAGGUGGUUCAAAGUGCUGAGUUUGAUCAAGCUAGUGGUGGGUUGUGGAGGGUUCGGACUCAGGACUCUGAGUACAUUUCUAGGUGGCUUAUUGUUGCCACCGGAGAAAAUGCCGAACCGGUUAUACCGGAAAUCACCGGGAUUGAGAGGUUUGAUGGGCCUGUGGUGCACACAAGUGGUUAUAAGUCUGGUUCUGAGUUUGAAAACCAGAGGGUUUUGGUUGUUGGGUGUGGGAAUUCUGGUAUGGAAGUUAGCUUGGACCUCUGUAGACACUUUGCAAGUCCUCAUAUAGUGGUUAGAAGCACUGUGCAUGUAUUGCCUAGAGAGAUGUUUGGCUUCUCAACUUUUGGAAUAGCAGUGGCACUUCUCAAAUGGCUACCUUUAAGAAUAGUAGACAAGGUCCUUCUACUUUUGGCCAGCUUCACCUUAGGCAACACAGACAGGUUAGGUCUUCCGAGGCCGAAAACCGGACCAAUCGAGCUCAAAAAUGCCACCGGAAAGACCCCGGUGCUCGACGUUGGAGCCCUGUCACAGAUAAAAUCCGGCAAAAUAAAGGUGGUGGAAGGUGUAAGAGAGAUCACAAGAAAUGGGGCCAAAUUUGUGGAUGGACAAGAGAGAGAGUAUGAUUCUAUAAUCUUAGCAACAGGGUAUAAGAGUAAUGUCCCUAGUUGGCUCAAGGAUGGUGAUUUGUUUACAGAGCAAGGCAUGCCCAAAACACCAUUUCCCAACAGUUGGAAAGGAGAGAAUGGUUUGUAUACUGUGGGUUUCACAAGAAGAGGGCUCCUUGGGACCGCAUCAGAUGCUGUUAAAAUCGCCAGGGACAUAGCUAAUCAACGGAUGACAAUCAAGGAUUGCAAGAACAGUUGUAAUUCCCAUAUUAUUCUAAAAAGACAGCCGUGACUAAAUCACUGAUAUAGCCAGGAAAAAAGAAAAUUUGGGUUAUGUUUGGAGUGGGCCUUUUAUGGGGAAUUUUUUUCUUUUUUUUUUUUGCAGUUGUAAAUCCAAUUUUGCAUGGGGUUUUCUCCUCAUCUGGUCAUGUUUCAUGUUUGUUGACUUUGAAGUUUGUAUUAUACAAUUUUGUAAGUAAACUAUUCUCUCUUUUAAGUAUUUCACUUCCAAAAUCAUAAACAAAAUAUAUUUUUUCUUCCUAGUUCACUAACAUACAUCCAUUCCUAUUAAUAAAAAUCACCGUGCUUUUUAAGCCAAUUCCGAUAAAUAUAGACAUACAAGAUGUAAGAUAUAUCUAUCAAUUAUCGAUUAUAAUUUUACACAUAUUUGUCUCUGUUCAGUACUGAUGGAAUUAAAAAAAAAAAAAACUAUUUUCUUAAUCAAAAUUGUUAAUCAAAGGCCUAUUAAUAUUUGUCAUUAUUUACACAAUAAUUAUGUUCGUACUCAAUAAGA